AGCUGACGGAAGAGGAGCUGGAGAUUUGGCGCAAGUUUUUGUCCAGAGACAGGAGGCGAAAGAGCAGUGUGUUCGGUCUGCUCCUCUGUSAGCUCCCUGAACUCCUGUUAGCUAACAAACACGUUCAGCUCGAGCGCUUCGACUGAAACAACUGAAAUACUUUCAUUUCCUACAACACCGGAAGUUGGAAAAGCCCGCGGAGUUUGUUCCACAGAGACUGAGCAGAGGCCCCAGAAUGCCCAGCACCCGCUCCAAGGGCCAGGCUCAGCCCACGCUGCAGUUUCCACGCCGCAAAUCCUGCCGAGCAUCAAGUAUCAAGACUCCCAAAUGCCAAGAGGCUCCGCCUUCAUCACCAACAAAGCCAUCGCCCAACCCCGUUACCCGGAUCAGACCCCUCUCCCCGAGACGCCCAGCCCUGCCUGUGUCCCUGACACCAAGAAGCCUCGUGGACCAGCUCCCUCCACGGUCCCUGAAGCAGCCAGGUCUGAGGCCUCUGUCCCCCAGACGACCUGCAGUUCAGCCACCGACCCCACCCUCCGCUGCCCGACUCCCCCUGAGCCCACGGAAACGCACAGGUGAUGAGAACGGCUGCAACCUCAGCGCCGCCCUGCAGGGUUCCCCUCCCAAGCAGAACAAACCCACUCUGACCUCGCAACGCAAACUGGGCUUCGACGAGAACUCGCCGGCCUCGUUCCACCCAGCAUCAGGUCCGUCCUCUUCACAACAGCUACUGUCUACAGACAAGUUGUCCCCCAGAAAGCUAGAACCGCCCCCUGGAAGUCCUGUGUGUCCAACCCUGCAGACGCCAGCAGAAAAGUCCAGGCUUCAGAGCGUGAAGCAGGUCCUCCACACUGCGGUUCCUCAGCGCCUGUUGUCCCGGGAGGCUGAGCAGGCCUCCAUUCGCUCUUUCCUGCAGGAGAAGGUCCUGCAGCGAGUCCCUGCCAGCCUCUACAUCUCAGGAGCCCCAGGGAGCGGGAAGACGGCCUGCCUGAACUGUGUGCUGCAGGACAUGAAGGUAUCAGCUGAAGGGAUCCUGGACCCGUCAGCGCUUCAGUUCUGUGCCAGGAAGGUCUCGGCAGUGUCUGGAGARGCCAGGAAAGCUCUGGACAUCUGCAGGAGAGCAGUGGAGGUCGCAGAAGCUGAUGAGAGGAAGAAGACGUCUCAGUCUACGAGUGACCAACACCGGCCUGCAGUCAGCCUCCCGCAGGUGGCCCGGGUGCUGUCAGAGGUUUACGGGGACCGCAUGGUGUGUCAGGGCAGCAGCUCAGAGGGAGAGGCCUUCCCUCUGCAGCAGAAGCUGCUGGUCUGCUGCCUCCUGCUGCUCCUGCGCAGUGGGAAGAACAAAGAGUUCAGCCUGGGGAAGCUCCAUGAGGUGUACAGCAGGCUGUGUGCUCAGAGGCAGGUGUGUGCGGUGGGACAGGGGGAGUGUCUGUCUCUCUGCAGUCUCCUGGAGAGUCGAGGGGUCUUUGCUCUGAAGAAGGCCAAAGAGGCUCGUCUCACAAAGGUGUUUCUGAAGAUCCAGGAGAAAGAAGUUGAAAACGCUCUGAAGGACCGCGCCCUGCUGGGCAGCAUCCUGUCUGCAGGACUGCCCUCAUGACGACCAGCAAGUCUUGGAUUGUUGAAAAAAUAAGAUUUUUUUAAUUUUUGCUACAUUUG